AUCAGAGUUGCAGAUGAGGAGAAUCCCAGAGACUCCAUAGAUGUCCCCAGUGAGGACGACGGAACACUAUUGCUAACUACCCUCCAAGCCCAAUAUCCAGGCGCAACGGGCCUAAGAUACAGGAGUGAAAUCAGUGGAAACUGGAGAGGACUGCGGAUUUCGCAAGGAAUUAUUUGUCCACCGCCUGAAAACUGGGGUAAUACUUUGUUCUACGUCGUGCGUCCAAGAACAGCCGACACAACUGCAAAAAGAAAAAUUGAUGCUUCACCUGGACAAAGGGAACCAGAGGCUAAGCAGGUUAAAGUAAGAGACAAUCAAGAACACAUUGGAGACUUGAUUGUUUUAGGUUUACCUUUUAAAGCUACUGAAAAGGAGAUGAGGGACUACUUUUGCCAGUUUGGAGAUAUAACCUUUGUACAGGUUAAAAAAGACCCCAUGACUGGUGAAUCUAGAGGUUUUGGUUUUGUCACUUUUGCUGAUAAUGAGGCAGCUGAAGAAGUUCUAGGAAGAACCCAUACAAUUCUUGGAAGGAGGUGUGAAGUCCGGCUUCCACGUGCAAAAGAUGACCCGCAUAUUCCAUAUAAGCUAUUUGUUGGACGUCUAGCAGGCGGAACAACUGCUAACGAGCUUCGUAGUUAUUUUGAAAUAUUUGGCGAGCUAACAGACAUCUAUAUCCCAAAGCCUUUUCGUGGUUUUGGCUUCAUAACUUUUGCCAGCUCAGAGUCUGUGAAGAGGGUAAUGGGAACAAGCCACACAAUUAAUGGUGCGCAGGUAUUUCUGACUUUUGCCGAGCCUAAGUCACAUCGGGACGAUGACGUAAGCUAUCAUGGAAUGCCAGCCUCGGUAUCACAAAGAGGAGCAACUUCGUUUUCAAUGCAAGCCGCGAGAUCGGGCUCUAGGUUUUCAGGAAGGACACAAGGUGCGUACAGUUGGCAUAGCGACCACAGCAGCCAAAGACCCUAGAUUGAAGCCAAGGCAAGGUUUGUAUAGUCGGUUUUGUGUUUGGGUUGCACCUUUACUAAGGAGGUAAGUUUUUAAAUGAUGUCGAAUUCAUUUAUUUUUCCGUUCCUUUUUUGUUUAAAGGGAUAUCUUCAGUUUGCUUUUUAUAUAAUUUUCUUUAGGUAUCUUUAUUUCCAAAAGUUUUUAGGGAGCUAAAAAAUGAGUAUAGUUUUCAACUUUAUCAUUAGGAAGUUUGUUAUCAAAAUUAUUCGAGAAUAUGAAAUUGAUAUCUAUUAAAAGUUAUAAUUUGAUGAUUUUUUGAACAUUUAUAUAAGGAAAUGAUACUCUGUAUUUAUAUUUGAUAAGCUGGUUUCAGAAUUUUUGUCAGCUUUGUUAACCCCUGCUAUUUUUUGCUUGAUUUCUAAAUCAAUACGAGGUUGAGAGAGUUCAAUCAAUUUGUACUAGAAUGGGUUUUCGUUUGCAAAAUUGUCCUUUUGAAAUAUGUCUACAUAAAACCCAAUAUUGAAUCAAUAAAAUUUGAUUUUCAUUUAGGUUCUAGAUCCACUUUUUUACAUUUUUCUGUGUAAUUUUUCAGUCCAAGUUCAUUGUGUACAAAUGUCACCCCCCUUGAUUUCACCCCCAUUGUGUACACCCCCUCUAACUCAUUAAAAGCCUCUACUCCUUCGGUCCUUCAUCAACCUUUAUUUCAACCUUUCUUGUAGCUAACAUUGUGACGUCACUGCGUAUACUCAGUUCUUGGCUAAUAAUUGCUGCCCUAACAUAUAACCUGCCCUCCCUCGACUUAACAUUAACAAUGCUUAUUCCAAACUCACCAUUUUUUAUUUCUUAAUUCAAUUAAGGUAAGAUCGUUUCUAAAGUUACUUACCUUACUAUUUUGUGAGAUGCGUUGAUAUUUUUCCUUUUAAAACGCAUCCACAUGUGCUCCUCGGUCAAUUGAUAGCUCACAUGGUUGUCACUGGAUUUAAAAUUUCUAGGAUGACCUGGUUAAUUUUUGCUUCUUCCACCGAUACUUUGAUGAUUCUUGUAUGCUAAAUUAAAGCCUGAAACUGUCUUCGUUUCCUUUUAAGUAGGCAUCUUAAGUAGGUCUUUUCUGAAUAGAAGAUUGAUCUUGUUUCCCAAACAAGACUGUAUACCUCAAAGUAUUGUAUCUUUUCGUUUGUAACAAUGAACCUAUUAGGCUGAAGGAGCUUAUAAUCGUAUAUGAACUGUUAUUAAAAAAUUAUCCUCUGCUAAAGCUACUUAACGACGUACAAUAUAUGUGGGCCUAAAUCGAGGACGUAUGUAUGCAAACAUAAAUGAACAUUUUGAAGCGAGAUGAAAGAAGUGCUGACUAACGUGUUAAGCAAUCUUACCACUAUUGUCAUUUUUGCAAAUAUUUGGAGUGUCAGAGAAGUUUCUGAAAUGAGAAAAAUACAAGAAUGAUUCCUGGAAAGUGAAAAUAGUUCGAUCCUUGAUAGAUGCUGCGAGAACCUGUAGUAAGAAGGACCUUUGUUGUUGAUUGAAAGUCGUGAAUUUCAGUGUUGCGGAAGAUGUGCGAAAGCUUACGAGAGAUGCUUACAGGCGAUGUACAUGGCCCUGCGAGGAAUGUACGAAAGUCUGCGAGACAUUUACACAAAAAACUGCAAGAGAUGCUUGAAAUGCUGCAGGAAAUGUUCAAAUACCUGCGGGAAAUGUACCAGAAUCUGCGAGAGCUGGACAGGAAAGCCUGCGUGAGUUGUAAGAAACUGAAUGCCUGAAAGCAAGGUGCUUUGAAGAUGGAGGUUGAGCAAGGAUGACUGUUUGUAACUAAAGAAUGUGUUCGGAAUGAUAAAAAUAACCAUUUCGAAUGCUGGUAGUGCCUGUUAGGUAUUGGACUGACGCAAAGGAAAGAAAUGCGAAAGGAGAGGACGGAACCAAAGAAAGAAUGGUUUUCAGAGAUGAUCUUGUGCCAUCAGCUAGAUUUUGUUGAUUAGAGUUUACGAGGCGCUUUAAAGUUAAUGUGUUUGAAGACCGUCAAAGUUGGAAUGGUGAACUUGUCUUUGUUUCCUGAACAGUUUGUUGCGCUGCAGACAGCACUGCAAUUGUAUUGUUGCUUGAUAGUUAAAUUGACAUAACUUGAGAAUGAGCUUGCAGAAGGAAAGACGAAAUUGUGAACAGUCUCGAGAGAACAGGAACUCAACUCUCUGCAACAGUACGUUGCUAAAAGUAUGUGAAAAGGAUGUUUGUCUUGAAAGAGAAUGAUUCACAAAACCCCUAGGAAGAUAGAGUGCUAUUUAAUCAUAUUAUUGAGAAAGACUGCGAGUAAAAGGUCGUGAAAAGGAACUGUUGUUGAAUUGAAAUAGUUGCCAAAAUGGUGGAUGAGAUCGAAAGGAAACGUUGAAAUGUUCUUGCUGCUUGAUGACUGGAAGGUAGUGAGACUAUGUUGGUAUAUGAAGUUAUUUUAUAAAACAAGUAAAGUAGAAUGGGUUUUAUUUAGGACAUAUAUUUCAGUUUGUGACACCUAUUAUACAUUAAUUGCAGUUUGUGUCACCUCGAUGCUGUAAUUUUUUCCUUCCAGUUUUUUGCAUAACAAUAUUUGCCUGGUUGCCACAGAAUAUUCGUUUAACGUAGACAAGAGACGUUUUAAGAGUGCAUAUAACAUUUUAUAUUUCGGGCUUUUCUCCCUAAAUGAGAAUGUUCUAAUGUUCCAAAGUUGCGAUUUGGUAAGGUACUAUUUGUGACCACUCUGUCUUUAUGAGCCCAUUUGCAAUCCUUUUUUCAAUUACAGCACAUUUCUAUUACAUCCCUUGUGUAAAUUCUUCGUUAAUUCUGGGUAGAUUUUUGAAUGGGACAAUCACUGUAGCAUAACUCAUAACUUUGAACAUUAUUUCAUUUUUAUUGUAACAGAUCUUAAUGUCCCUCUUUGUUUCAUCAAUCAUAAUGUCUCUCUUUGUUUCAUCAAUCAUAAUGGCUCUCUUU